GGAAUAUUUCAUUGCACUUUAAAUACUCUAUUUCGACAUUUUGUUCCCUCUUUUCUUUCAAACCAAUCAAGGGGUGAGAAAUUCUUUGAACUAUCCCUUCCUUCCUCCCGUUCCAAACAAAGAGAGAUAUGACAAUAGUGGAAAUAGAAUGGCUGAGGUAUUUGCCAAACCAGCUAGACAACCUAGGGUUUCUUGAGAAGUUACAAAUGUGUAUAUCAUUGCUAUAAACUGAUGGAUCUAAUUGACGAAACAAAAGCAGCAUUCAAGGGCUUGACGUCCUUUCAACAACUUUCAAUUGGAUGGUGUGAUUAGUUGACAUGUUUGCCAAAAGGGGUGCUACAACCAACCCUUGAAGAAAUAAGAAUAAGCUCGUGUACAAACUUAAAAGUGCUGAAUCCAAUUGACGAAAUAGAAGCAGCAUUCAACGGCCCCAGGUCCCUUCAACGACUUUGGAUUCAUGAUUGCUCAGAGUUGAUGUGUUUACCGAAAGGGCUGCUACAAGCAACCCUUGUAGAUAUAUGGUUACAAGACUGUCCAAAGUUAAAGACACCCAAUCCAGAUGCAUUACGCAGCCUCACAUCCUCCAAGGAGCUGCGGAUUACAUCCUGUCCAAAUUGGGGGAGUUGUUGGGAGGAAGGGUUGUUUUGCACCACCAGCCUUCAAAUAUUGGAUAUAGGUGAAUUCGGAGAGGAUUAUAGACAUUUCCCCUGGCCCUUCACAAGUGCUGCAUCACAACCAUGGAGCCAUUUCACCUCCCUGGAGUAUCUAACUUUAUGGGGAUGGCCAAAGGUCAAGUCUCUGCCUGAUCAACUUGUGCACCUCCCUGCCUUGAGAUAUUUGAUAAUAUUGGGUUUCAGUGGGUUGGAAUCUCUGCCGGAAUGCUUGGGUAAGCUUUCAUCUCUUCAAUCUUUGCUAAUACUUCGGUGUCCCCUUCUUGAGAAAAGAUGCGAAAAGGGAAUUGGCGAAGAUUGGCACAAGAUUGCUUGUAUUCCAUCCAUUGAAAUAGGUGGAAGGACAAUAGUGUGAACUGAAGUCUACCCUCUGCACGCAGAUAAAGCAUGAAAGUCCCUUGCCAAUCAUGAGUUACAUGAUGAUGACCCUUUCAAAUACAUUGAUGAGUUCAUGAAAAUCUGGUCCCUGGUCGCGGAUUAAUGACUUCAGCAGUUAUGCCCUUAAGUUGAUCUUGUUUCCUUUCUCUUUGAAGGACAAGGCCACAGAUUGGCUAAGCAGUUAGCACUCAACCUCCGAAUUCUGAGCAAAGCUGAAGAAUUACUUUUCUAUAGGUAAGACAACGGUAUCAGUGAGCCAUCAAUCAGUUGAUGAACCAAGUACUUUCAUGAAACUUGCGAGAGAUGAGAAGAUGUGAUGAAUGGUUAGAAGUUCAUUUUCAUUCUAUAUUAUCCUAGGAUAGUAUUGUACUUGUAUUAUACUAGAUUUCUCCAAUUUAUGCUUAGUUGUUGGUUAAUGGGUUACUAGUAAUUCUUUCUUUGUGAAACAAGUGACUUUGGUGAUACCAAAGAGAUUAGAGUUGACGAUU